AUGGUGAAAUCAAGCAUUGUUCUAGACGAUAGGGAACAGACGAUCCGUAACCUCUUGGUGAACUUUUGUGACAGUUAUAAUUCCAAGGUCUCAGCGGAUGACAAGUUGGAAUUGAGAAUAACAGGUGGAUGGGUGAGGGAUAAACUUCUCGGACAAGAGAGUCACGACCUUGACAUAGCUAUAAAUGUACUCUCAGGAGAAGACUUUGCAUCAAGGUUACUCGAAUACACCGAACAACAAGGCAUAGACUUGGGCAGAAACUCUACAAGUCUCCAUACCAUCAAGAAGAAUCCUGAAAAGUCGAAGCAUUUGGAAACUUGCACAGCUAAGCUCUUUGGCUUGGACAUCGACUUCGUCAACCUCAGAAGUGAAAAAUAUACAGAAGACAGCAGGGUACCCAUCAUCGAUUGUGGAACUGCGGAAGAGGAUGCUUUAAGGCGUGAUGCGACACUCAAUGCCCUCUUUUACAAUCUUAAUAAGAGCGAAGUUGAAGAUUUCACCGGAAGAGGCAUAGAGGAUCUCAAGAAUGGCGUGCUCAGAACGCCGUUGCAGCCAUUUCAGACAUUCAUGGACGAUCCUUUGAGAGUGUUAAGACUUAUCAGGUUUGCUUCCCGCUUCAAUUUCACCAUUGAUGCUGAAGCCAUCGAAGCUAUGAAGGACGCCAAUAUCAGAAGCUCGUUGAUCCACAAGAUAAGCAGGGAGCGUGUGGGUGUUGAAACAGACAAAACUCUCACUGGAAACAAUCCUAGCUAUGGUCUUCGCUUGACCAAUCAUGUUGGUUUCAGCAACAGUAUUUUCAACCCUGGCACUCUCAGAAGCACUAUCGAGGAGCUCAAUCAGGACGUCAUUCAGCAGAUUGAUCAUCUUGACCUGAAGGUGUCUUUACGUAUAGAUGCUGCAACACAAUACCUUCACUCGUUUGUGGAUUCCAUCAAAAAUUCUUCUGAGGCACCUUUGUUACAAAGUAUCUACGAGCUGAUACUAAAUGAUAAAGCUGCAACUAGAGCUUUGUGGCUCUCCUUAAUUCUCGAGCCCUACAGUGAGAUUUUUGUCAAGCUCAAUGCACGCAAGCAGGCGGUCACCCACUACCCUGAAGUCAUUCUCAAGGAAGGUCUCAGGCUCGGUAAACACGAUUACGAUACCGUCAGUAAUAUCUUGAAAAACUCAAGUGGAGUUACCACUUUCGACAAAUAUUUCGAAAAUCCAGCUUCCAUCAGUCGUUCAGACCUUGGUCUAUACAUGCGCCAGUACGGUGAGCAUUUCAAGCUAUACAUUGCCUUUGGUGCUUUCAGUGAUUACCUCGAUGGUUUGGAAAUCGUGGACCUUACCGGAGAGACCCCAACUCCAGAGGGUAUCAAUGCACCUUUGGACGAGGACAAAUUCAGAGAAACUGUCUUCCAAUACGAGAGUCUAUUGGAGACGAUAAGAGAUAAAGGAUUGGAGGAUGUGGCUCACUUGAAACCAAUCGUGGACGGGAAAAGAAUAUCAAAAGAGCUCGAUAAAAAGCCAGGCCCAUGGAUGAGAGAAGUCACCGAUGAGGUAAUGAAGUGGCAGCUAGACCAUCCUCAGGCAACCCCAGAGGAAUGCAUCGAGCACAUUCGCCAGGUGCUUUAG